AUUCUUUCACCUUCGACAGUGUCGUCACGUUCAAAUGGUAGGGGACUAGCUACAAGGAUACCUCUCCAACACUCUACUUACCAGUCGGUCACAGCGGCCGUUGAAAAACAUCUGAGGACUACUACUUAUCUGCUUUGCGCACCUCUUACUUUCAUUUUUUUUUUUAAUCUAUACCGAGUGUUUCGGGAAAGUUUUUCGUCAUGGAGAAGGAACCUCAACCAGAAUCUAUGGCUACAGUGACUAUUAAACCCGAGUAUACGCCUUCUGAGUACUCGACUUCUGAACCACCACCGGCUUACAUGAAACCGCGUAGCACAUCCGUCCAGAUUACCAAAAUUGUUGCAGUUACUAUAGUCCUUUGUUCUGUUAUCUUGGGAGGAUUCUUAUUAGCUUCAGCAUACGUCACAGCUAACGCUUCUUGUAAACAGCUGGAGCAAGAAUUAGAUAUUCUCAGCGAGGCGGCUGAAAGAUUUCAGUCACCUUUACAACCAGAAGCUCUAAUACAAGAUUCAUCUGCAGCACCUACAACAAAUUUCAAACGUCAAGUAGAACCACUGAACUCUGAAGCGCCUUCUCACAUAACUAAAGAACUAACUAAUAACAUUGACGAUGAUUCAUCGGAAAGCGAUUCGUCUGAAGAUUCAGAAGAACUCCCUAUCAAAGAAACCAAGAAGAGUGCAGCCUUACCUAUUGAAAUGAACGAUUUGAUUACUCAUUUACUUGAAAAGAACCAAAAAUCGAAAAUGAAUUGCGUGGUCGAGAAGAAGAAAGCCGAAGAAUUCGUCGAUCAUCAACCCAGAACUGUCAGUUUACCUUUUGGAAUUAAUUUAACGACAAAUCCUAGAUUUGAAAAACUUAUUGGCGAGCGUAUGGUUAUCAUUUGCGAAAGUGGUACUAUGCAAAAUGCCGAACCCUCAAUGAAACCGAAAGAGGAAAAUGAAGACGACGAAGAUAACGAUGAUGAAGACGAGGAAACUAUUAUGAUACAUCCAAUUAUGAUCCCGAUACCUCAGACACAAUUCCAAACCCAUAUGCCUCAACAAAUGGCACCGAUGCCCCAACAACGUCCAGAGCAAAUGCGUCCCAUAAUCCAAAUUGAAACGUUUAGACCAUCAGCGCCAUCCAUGAGACCAUCUGUGCCCUCCAUGAGACCAUCUGUGCCCUCCAUGAGACCAUCUAUGAUGCCACAACAGCAACCCCAAGAACAGAUACAAAUGAGACCACAAAUCCAGAUACACGUUCAACCACAACAACCACAACAAGCCGAGUUCCCACCAAAUCCUAUCCUACAACACAUCGUUAGACAAAUUGUUGCUCAGAAAAUAAUGGAAAGCCAAAGAUUACGCGAACAACAAUUGAGAGAACAACAAGAAGAGCAACAACAACAACAACAAGUCCCAUCAGAAGUUAACCAAGAGGUUGAUGAACGUCCACGGUUCGUUCAAAUCGAACAAAUCGGACAACCGAUCGGUCAACACAGAUUUCCUCUUCCCGAAGAAAUUUUAACUCAACUCAACAGAUUACCCAAUCGCGAAGUUAUCGUAGCCGUACCUGAUAAUGCUUCCGAAGAACCACAACAAGAUGUCCAAUACGUACAACAACAAAGAGAAAGCGCUAACGAGAUGAAUGGAAGACAAUCGUACAGUUCGGUUCCUAUGAGUAUCCCAGUUGGAAUGACCCACGAUCAAGAAGCUACCGAACCGGAGCAACAAGCCACUGAUGAAAGGCACCACUAUGUUCAACCCAGAUCAGUUUGAUGAGGUUAAAUUGAGGUUGAAACAGUGUGAUUUCGAAAAUUACCUAAUCACAUGCUUACCAAUUAAAAAAAUCACUUAAGUAGAUAGAAUAGUGGCACAAUUUAGUACUACUAAUUAAGAUUUCUAUAUGUAAAUAUCUAUUUGUUAUGGAUAAGUUUUAUUUCCUUUUUUUUGACGUGUAUUCUUCAAAGGGUAAUAUUUAAAACAAUAAAGUUUAUUUUUCGAAUUUAGUUUAAUGGUUUAUAUGUAAAUACCAGAAAUAUGUCUAAUUAAUUGUGAUUUUAUGGAAAAUAAAAUAUAUUUUCUUGUU